AUGAGUGGAGGAAUUAGUGGCGUUCAGAAACGUACAAAAGAGAAAGCAUUUUUUGCUUAUUAUGUUCAUUGUUAUGGUCAUAAGCUCAAUUUGGUUUUGACAAGUGUUGCAAAGAAUCUACCACAAGCAUCUGAAUUUUUCAGUCUUCUUGAAGAAGUCUAUAUCUUUGCUAGUGAUGCAGUGGCUUAUGAGAAGUUCCUUUCUAUACAGUGUGAAAUAUUUCCUGAAGAAGAAAUGCGAAAACUUCAACAUCUCAGUGAUACUCGCUGGUGGUGUCGAGCUACCUCCUGUGAAAAUGCUUUAUUACGUCUGGAAUGUAUUAUAAGGCUUUUGAAGGAGACUUUUGCAGAUGAUACUGAAGCUCGAGCUGCAUCUGCUAGAGAUUUACUUGCUCAGAUGGAUGUAGAAUUUGUUUGUUUAUUGCAGUUUUUCUCUGGAAUUCUGGGAAAAAUAAAUAAAGUAUCUCAGCAGCUGCAGGACAAACAGGCAGACCUUGGAAAAGCAGCAGCUAAACUUAUUUCUUGUCUUCGUGAAGAUUUAGCUGAUGUAAGAAACUCCAACUUAAUUGAGAAUUACUCUAAUAGGGUUGACGAACUCUGUAAAAAAUGUGACAUUUCACCAACAGUGACAAGAAAACGUUCAAGAAAACCUCGACAGCUCCGUAUUUUAUCAUGUUGGAAACAACUGGCCGAGAGUUGUGGAGCCAAGUCAUGCACAACACGUCACAAUCUUGUAUGA